ACGAUUUCAUCUGUGAAUAUCUCAGUUAUCAACUAUAAUACCAUCAUCACACUUAAAAAUAUUAACAGUAAUUCCUUACUAUCAUGUAAUAUUCAGCUGGUGAUCAUAUUUCGGGGGAGAGUUUUAAGUGGGCAAGAACAUGGCCAGAUCUGCCUCUUACCGCCAGUUAAGGCCUGUUCCUAGGUUCCAGGAAGGCUGGACCCUCCCCUGAUUCCUUAGGAUCACAGCAGGGAGACAGAAAGACCAUGUGUUCACCUAUUUGGAGGUUAAUCCUAAUGGCUGGUACUGACCAACACCUGCAUGUGCCAGCCCUGUAGUAAGUGUUCAACUUGUGUCAGCUCACUGAGCUCUUUCAGCAACCUGGGAACUAGGCACCACUGGCAGCAUCCGCACCCAGCAGACCAAGACGCAGACACAGAGAGGUUAUGGCACCUUCCUGAGGCUGCCCGGCUCAAUUGCAGAGGGAGGAGCAGAAACUCCUCCUCAGAGGGUGGGUGCAAGGGGUGGUGGCGUGCCCUAGGGCCCCGUGUGGGCUUGUUGCCCAUCACAUUAUCUGGCACUUUCAUUCCUUCUGACACCUGAUUUGGUGAUUAGUGUGUAUUUUGAAACUCCCAGUUUUAAAUCCUCAGAUGAGUAUUUAAAUUAAAGGGCCAAAUGUCCUCCUGGUAAAACUGCCCUAGGCGCAGACUUGCCAAGGGCGUCUCUCUUGCCUUAGUUUCCUGGAGCUCCAUGAAGCUUCCUGGAUUAGUGGGGAACUGAGGUCACUGGGACCUGGAACAGAUGGGGAAACUGAGAUUUGGGGAGUGCACAGCUGAUGAUGAUCCUGGCUGGCCCUGAGAGGUCUCUGUCCCUGGCCAGGCUUGUUGACUUGUUGACUCUUGGGUAGUGCUGUGUGCCAGGUCCAGGAGUAGUCCUCAAGACAGAGCAUAGGGGUGGGUGCAGAGUGGUGACAGGCAGCAGAGAAUCUCUGGUUUCAGAUGUAGAAUGUUGCCUUUUCCCGAGCCUCACUGGUCACUGGGCGGGGACAAAAGUCCACAGAGGUGGCCCUAUUACAGCCGUACACUGUUGACUCUCCUUGGACACCGGACCUAGCAUGGCCUUCAGAGGACGCAGAUGUCCCUCUCUUCUCUGUUGAUAUUCUUUGAGACCCUCCUGGGCACCAGCGGGCACGCCGGAAGCUGGGAACACAGUGGAGACCCAGCAGCCUAGCCUGCCCUCAUGGAGUUCAUGGUCUAGUAGGGAGACAGAAGUUAGCUGGGCCUUCCUGAGGUGCCGCCAACGGCACGGCCAGGCCAGCAUGGUGGACCACUUGCUUCCAGUGGACGAGAACUUCUCGUCGCCGAAAUGCCCAGUUGGUUAUCUGGGCGACAGGCUGGCCAGUGGGCGGGCAUACCACAUGCUGCCCUCGCCCCUCUCGGAGGAUGACAGUGACGCCUCCAGCCUCUGCUCCUGUGCCAGCCCGGACUCACAAGCUGUCUGCUCCUGCUACACUGGUGGCCCAGGUGCCGAGGGCCAGGACAGUAUCUUGGACUUCCUGCUGUCCCAGGCCACACUGGGCGGUGGCGGUGGUGGUGGCAUUGGGGCCAGCAGUGGCCCCAUGGCUUGGGGGGCCUGGCGGAGGGCACCAGCACCUGUGAAGGGGGAGCAUUUCUGCUUCCCCGAAUUUCCUGUGGGAGACCCCGAUGAUGUCCCAAGGCCCUUCCAACCCACCCUGGAGGAGAUUGAAGAGUUUCUGGAGGAGAACAUGGAGCUGGGGGUCAAGGAGGCCCCAGAGAGCAACAGCAAGGACUCAGAGGCCUGUGGCCAGCUCUCAGCCGGGCCACACAGGGGCCACCUCCAUCCUGGCUCCAGUGGGAGAGAACGCUGCACCCCCACUCUGGGCAGUGCCGGUGCGGGCAGCAGCCAGAGCCCAGGUGGGGGGCCCACAUCUGAUGGCCCCAUUCCCGUGCUGCUGCAGAUCCAGCCUGUGCAGGUGAAGCAGGAAUCAGGCACGGAGCCCGUCUCCCCUAGGCAGGCCCCGGAAAGUGUCAAGGUGGCCCAGCUUUUGGUCAAUAUCCAGGGUCAGACCUUUGCACUUGUGCCCCAGGUGGUGCCCUCCUCCAAUGUGAACCUGUCCUCCAAGUUCGUGCGUAUCGCCCCUGUGCCCAUUGCUGCCAAGCCCAUUGGGUCGGGACCCCUGGGGCCUGGCCCCACCGGCCUACUCAUGGGCCAGAAGUUCCCCAAGAAUCCGGCAGCAGAACUGAUCAAAAUGCACAAAUGUACUUUCCCGGGCUGCAGCAAGAUGUACACCAAAAGCAGCCACCUCAAGGCCCACUUGCGCCGGCACACAGGCGAGAAGCCCUUUGCCUGCACCUGGCCGGGCUGCGGCUGGAGGUUCUCCCGCUCCGAUGAGCUGUCGCGGCACCGGCGCUCGCACUCGGGCGUGAAGCCCUACCAGUGUCCUGUGUGCGAGAAGAAGUUUGCGCGGAGCGACCACCUUUCCAAGCACAUCAAGGUGCACCGCUUUCCCCGGAGCAGCCGCUCGGUGCGCGCUGUGAACUGA